UGUAUAAGUCUUGUACUUUAAAUAUUAACUUUUGAGUAGAAUAAAACUUCGAUUAUAAUAAUUGAAAACACAUUGUGACCUUAGUGAACUGUAAUCCGUUUGUAAAUUAGUGAAUUGAUUAUUUUAACUUUUGAAUUUCUGGUAUAGGUUGUAUAUUUAAACUCAUAAGACUAAUUAUUUUGUAAAACAAUGAUAUUUUAUAUGAUACUUAGAUACUUUAAACAUUUAUCACUAUAAUGUUUGAUUAAUUAACAAAGUUUUUUGAUAAAAUAUUCAGUAUCAAAAUUGAUUUCUAAUGGCUGAAAAAGCAGCUCACCAUACAACAACUAUUAUAAAUCGUCCGUCAAUUUUUGAAGUAAUUGCACAAGAAAAUCUAUCUUCAACAAUUUAUCCAGCAUUAAAAAAAAUUUUUUAUUAUAUUACUUUAAAAGAUCCUGAACAAUUAAAAUGGUUAAAUCAAUACUUUGAUGAAAUAUUUCUUUCACUUAAUACUGUUUGUCAGUAUUUGUAUUUGAAGAAAUAUGGAGGAACAUUUUCUGAAAACUUUUAUGACUUGACUAGAGUUUCUAGUUCGACUAAUUCUAAACCUUCUAAUAAUCAAUUGUACUUGGGCUUAGCUUUAGUAGUGUGUAUACCUUAUCUACGAAACAAAUAUGAUAUGUAUAUCGAUCAAUUACAAAUUAAGUAUAAACUACAGCUAAAAGAAAAAGUAUUUAUAACAUUAAAUAAAAUUAUUCAUACAUGUUGGGAAGCAUUAUGUUUAUUAUAUUAUAUAAGAUAUAUAAAUGGAUCUAGUCAAUCACAUUCACCUUUAUUAGCUGUGGCAGGAAUGGUAUUAACUUAUAAAAAUAUUGAAUCUUCGAAUAAUGAACCACUUGCUCAAUUAAGCAUUAAAGAAUCUAUUAAGAAUUAUUUAUUGUAUGGAUUAUCUCAUUCGUUGGAAUUAGGUGCAUUUUUUAUGCAGUUUUUAAAUUGGUGGCACUCUGAAAAUUUGCAAUCAAAAUUUAUUGCCUACCCAAUUCCUAAUCCUCCAAAGGAAAAUGACAAAUAUAUUUCACUCAAAAACACUAAUAAGUGUCCCAUAUGUAUAAAUGAAAGGAAAAUGCCAACUGCACUUACUGUAUCAGGGUUUGUAUUCUGUUACAAGUGUUUACAUAAGUCGCUUAUGGGAGAAUCUAGAUGUCCAGUUACUAAAUUACCAGCAACAAUACAAGAUAUGAUUAGAAUUUAUUCAGAUAAUUAAUUAUUAUAUAAUAAUUAUGUAUUGUAAUUGGUUUAUU